AGCAAAACAAAUGGCUACAGAGAAAACGGAGGACCUGCCUCAGGAGCAGGCUAAUCCUCCCCCGGAAGAGGAAGGAGAAAAAGAUGAAACAUUAUUUAAUGAGUUUUAUGCUGAGGUGAAGGCAAUAGAACAUCGGGAUUCUGUGUUGACACCAAAACAACAAAUUGACAAAUUAAACCGACCAGGUGCUACCUACUUCAAUCUGAACCCAUUUGAGGUGCUGCAGAUCGACCCCGAUACACCACUUGCAGAAAUAAAGAAGAGAUACAGACAGAUGUCAAUACUAGUCCAUCCAGAUAAGAAUUUAGACAACAAAGACAGGGCACAGAAAGCAUUUGAAGCUGUAAAUAAAUCAUACAAGACAUUAGAAAAUGAGGAAGGGUAUCGGCGAUGCAGGGAAAUCAUUGAUGAGGCUAAGUUACGAGUGAAUGAAAUGAUCAAGCAGAAAAAGAAACAGAAUAAGAAGGAGGGAAAGCCCCCUUAUGUUCCCGAGGAUGAGGAGGACAAGUAUAAACAUGCUGUCCAUGUCCAGACGUGUAAAUUGUUUGCUGACCUGGAGAGGAUGAGACAGGAACGAGAAACCAAGGACAUGCAUGAGCGAAAGAGGAAAGCAGAGGAUGAGGCUGCUGCAGAAGAAAAGAAAAAGAUGGAUGCUGUCUGGAACAAAAAUUUUGAGGAAAGCCGAACAGAAAGAGUGGAUAGUUGGAGAUCAUGGAAAAGUGGUGGGAAAAAAGCAAAGGGUGUAUUCAGGCCUCCGAAACACAGGGCUGAGAAAAGAUAACUAAAAGACUCCGUUAUAGCAUAGUCAAUUCAUUUGGAUAUGAAAAAAACAUCGAUUCAUGUCUGUCUCAUACAGAAUUUUCGUCAUAAUAUUAUGAAAUAAUGUUGUACAUUGUUCAAUACAUGUAAACUCAACAAUGAGUCAGUAGAUCAUUUGAGUUUGACUCAAUCGGCACAUGUAGUCCUUUGAGCGUGACUCAAAAGUCACAUGGUCUUGUGAGUUUGGCUCAAAAGUCACAGUCUUGACUUAAUUGUGAGUUUGAAUAAAAAGUAUGUUUCAAUGAUUACCUAAACCACAGGAAAGCUAAUAGCCAUUUUAAAAUAAAAUGCACCCAGGUUUUCUGGUUUAAACUUUCUUAUGAAGGUGCUUUAAAUUAGUGUCAAAUCAUAGCAUGUUUAAAAGUGUGACUGUAUAUUUUGUGUUGUUGAAUUUGAUAAUUUGUUUAAGACAUUUCAUUGAAUCAAUGCUUACUUCAUUUACACACUCAGAAUUCACAUUCUAUAUGACAUAUAUGUCUGUAAUAUUAUUAUUUGACAUUCUGUUUUAAUUGAGCUAUAGAUCCAUGGUUUGACGCUGUUAUUCCAAGAAUAAUUACAUAUUAGCUUCCAAGUCUACCAAUGGAUGUUUGUUACUCCAGUUGAUUUUGUUGAGAGUAUGACUGAAAUCGUUUAACAUGUGAUCAGGUUUUAACUAAAGUUGUGGUAAAUCUGUCACACAUGAUUUACUUUUGUGAUUUUUGAGACCAAGAAUGAAUCCUCAGAAUUGACAAUCACGAUUCAUACCACAAUAUGGUACAGGAUUAUACAAUCUCUGGCCACUAUGAUGAAAAUCAAGGUUCCAUUUAAAAUGAGUGCUGUAGUAUUAUCACCAUCAUUCGUAUUUGUUACAUGUCAGAAAAACAAACCUCUGUAUAAUUCAUGUUUCCUGUGACCACCCAGCAAGUGUAAUAUAAUGCUGCAAGACUUGACAUGAAAAUCUGUCGAAUAUUUUGUUUACAAUCUCAAAAGUUGAGAAUCUAAAUGAAGUUAGAUUUAUUUUAGUGUAACACUGAUGAUGGUAUAGACUUGCUUAAUACCUAUAUGUAUCAUUAUUGUUUGGACGUGCGUGGUAAUUAAUUUUUAAGGAAGUUACCGUGGUAACUAUUCUACAUGUUUCUAAAAUAGUAACUAUUGUAUAUUGUACAUUAUAAGUAAGUUUUGUCAUUAAUUGAUUGGAUUUCCAUUUAUUUUAUAAGUUAAAGUUUUUUUUUCUAGAUUAUCAGAAAACGAAAAGUCUUUUUUACUAUUUGUAAUUCCUCCUCAAAUGGUAACAUGGUUGAGGUCAAAGAUUAAGAUAGUCCUCUGACUAAACACUUUCCCAACAACAAACAAGAAAAGGUCACCUAACUACAAUUUUCACCUUUGACCUUUGCCACAGAUAUAUUUUGUAGUGCAAUACAUACUUCUGUACAUCUGCUGAACAGCCAAAGGGCAGUAAUGGUCGACAAAACUUUAUAGCUUGACACUUCAGUCUUCUUGUUUGAUUUUCCUGAUUUUAUUACAUCCACAUUUUAAGAUCAAUCAGAGUAGUUAAAGGGAUUGCUAUCCUUAAAAGAAAUCUUAUUUUUCAUUUAAUGAUUAUGACUUUUAAUCAAGUUUCUUCAUUAUGUUAAAUUUUGCCUCUGUCAUGAUCAAUGUGGACGGUAUUAAGUAGUUGCAUUGUUUGUUUAUAUUUACAUGCUUUUGAUUCAGAUGGGACUAUGUCAAAGUUAUUCCAGGGUACACCUUGAUUUGUAUUUCAUGACUAGUGCAGGAUGUGGGCCUGAAUUUAUCAUGUUAAAUAUCAUCACUUGUGUCAUAGAUAUUGAUAUUUAACAUCUUUUUGUAUUUUACUAAUAUCUAUCAUCCAUAGUAUUUGACUUAAUAUGAAUAUAAUGUCUUAUAUUGUAUGAAAAUUAUUAUAAAUGUAUUUCAAUUGCAAAUUUUGAUUUUAGAUGUUUUCAAAAUUUACAGUUAUGCUAUCUUUUUUUGUCUAGAUUUUGUGAAAUUUCGACUAACCUUUUCUUGUCCUUGGUGAUUUUGUUUCAUUUGGUGUGGUUGUACUCGUUGUACAUGUACUACCAACUUUUCAUCCUCAUUCCAUUGAGUCAAUUCAUUUGUUUCCUUUUUUUCCAAUUUAGUUUUAUUAACUCCACUGAUAUUAACAUCAGCCAUAUUCAUUGGAACUUUCCUAACUCCCCUUGAUAAAAGAAAUUUUGUCUCUACACAAUAACCUAGCCACAGUAAUCUGACGUAAUCUGACCUAUCUCAAACCUUCUUUUGUGGAAAAGCAAUUACAAAUGUACCUUAAAUUGUUGUGGUUUUUUUUGGUUUUUUUUUAACCUAUUAUCUGAAGUAAACACCAAUUAAACCAAAAUUCACCACCCUUUUGGAAAAGACUACCAAGUAAUAAUUUUUUGUGUUUGUUUUUUAUCAGUGAUUGAUCCCAAUCUUUAUGUAACAAUUAUUAAUCAUUGUAAAUAUGUUGGGCAAAUGAGGCUGAAUUUUUUAAAAUUGAAAUAAAUUGAUUGUUCAUCAGAAUUCAUUAAAAGGAAGACUUUGUCAAUUUUAUUCAGUCCAAUCGCUACUGAAGCUGAGCUUCAUAUUCUAAUAGUUAACAUUUGAGAUUGGCAAGACCAGUAAAAUAUUAAGCACUCAGGAUAUUUGAUUUGCUAGAUUUUUUUGAUUUUUUUUUUAAAUUUUCCCUUAAAUGUUAUAUUUGCUUUAAUGAGCAAUGAAUACAGACCAUUAUAAAUCAGGGAGUGUAAUAUAUAUUACAGGUAGAUUAUUUUUGUAGUAAAGGACCUGUAUGUUGUUUGUUAUAAAUAUAACCUUCAAUCAGUUAUUUAGAUAUAUGUAGGUCCUAGUCAUAAAGUGAUAUUUUUGUAUGGUAAACUGUGUCUGGUGCGGUGUACAUUUUAUUUGUAUUACUCAGAUAAAGGUUCACAGACAACUCCUUAAUCUGAACACUUUGGUUUCUAAGCAAAAAACACCUGAUGCAUUUGACACAUUUGUUUCAUAGAUUUAUGAUGUGAGGAUUGUGUUGAAUUUAUGGGGUAAUGAACUGCAAUUUUCUGUCCAUAUUAUUGUUACAAGCUAUCGAUACUCAUACCUGGAGCUAUCCUAUGAUGAAAAUUAUCAAUACACUUAUCUAAAACCCUUUCAAGAGACCUACAAAUGCCUGGAGUUAAUCCUAUGUCUACCACAUUAGAGGGGCUGUUUAGGUCAGCAUGCUCAGAUUUAUGGAAUUGAUGAAAUAAUUGAACCAAAUAUUCCAAAAUUAUGUUUCUUUGUCAUCAUUGGUUGCAGAUGUUAAUACUUGUAGCAAUAUAAGUUUAGAAAGCAUAGUUUGUUAGCUUAAAUGAGAUAUACAUUAUGGGCUACUACUGAAUUGUCAGAUAUGAUCAUUUCAAUUAGUUCUCUCAAUUCUUUUCUGAAGCAGCCUCCCAAAACACACAUAGGCACUCACCACAAGCAUGCAUAUUGCAAACACAGGAGGCCGUCCUUAAACGACCUUAGCUGUUAAUAUGGCAUUAAACAAAUAAAAGCAAACCAAACCAAACUGUUCUGACUGUACAGAUGUUUAUUUGUUUGCUGGGUUUAUCACCCCAUGAACAGUCAGGGUCAUUUUGAGGCAGGUCUCCUUGUAGUAGUUGGUAACUACCUCACUGAACUGAAGGAGGCCUGUCGCAUGCCAUCCAGAACAAUUAGGGUAAAGUGCCUUGCCCAAGUACAAAACCUUUUCACCACAGACAGUCUGUUUCUUAUGGCUUCCCGAGAAACACAAACCAACAUGGGUUGGGAGGGUCAAACCAGCUUACAGAAAUAAUUGUACAAGCAUUAUGUAUUUACUAUCCCAUGCCUGAUAAUAAGCCCACCUGUGUCUGUUGUAGUGCAGCAAAAUUUGUAAGUUACAAUAACUUCAUUUUCUAGUAAUAAACCCAUCCCAUAAUUUGAGUUUAAUGUGUUGGUCUCCUCCCUGGGCUUAAUUAUUACAGGAUAAAUAUGGUACUGUCAUUCUUUUAAAGGAAUAUGUGCUCUAAUUACAAAUUUCAAUUUGUUAUUUGUAUCUGAAAGGUUAAGGGUCACAAGAAAGAUAAGCUAUACCUCAAUAUUCAGAUAUAAGUUAACUACAGGUGUCCAUAGCUCAGGAUAAGAAACUCAUCGUUAUGCAUUCCGCAGAUGAAUAAACCGGUAAAGAAUAUCUGGUGAAAUGUUUACUUUUACUUACAAGUUACUAAUGAUGCAAUGUUUAAAUGUUCAUUAUUAUCAGGACAAUUGUCAAAACUUGUAUCAUUCAUUAUUUUCACAUGAUUAGCAAGUACACUGUAUUUUGAAGGAUAUCAGUUGUGGGCCUCCUACAACCUCUACUUACUACAAGUUUAUUAUUAAUUCUUUUUACAGACUUGUCUUGAGACCUGUUUAUUUGAACCUAAAUUUAUGUCCUACAUAAAUUGGUUUUCCAUUAAUUGAAUCAGGUGUCUAUUCAAGACUGUAAACUGUUUAUAGUGCGUCAAUGAUUACAAGUUAAGUGGAUUUUUUCUGAUAUGUUUUGUUAAUUUUUGCAAGAUUUAUUGCUUAAAAAUUAGUUGUUUAACACUGCCUUAACUUCACUUACUGCUUUUUUUCACAUGAUACUUAACUUGAUUUAUUACAGAAUUGUAGAGCUGAGGUAGAUUUUUAAAUAUCUAUAUCCAAGCUUAUUUUGAUUUUGAAGAUAUACCAAUUUUUUUUUUAAUUUUCUAUUAUAUGAACUCAGUCAGACAUUUGACUAUACUUUUUCAAGCAAAAACAUUGUUUUUUUUUCUAAAUCUUGUAUAACCUGUUGAUAAACAUCAUAAUACAUGCAAAUGAAGAUGUAUAACAGCAUUUUAAUCUAUAAAUGCAAUAUUGAUAAUUAAGAUAUUAUUGUUAAUGAUAUGUAAAUGAGGUUCAGCAAAUUUACCAAUAUUAUUUUUGUCAUUGGAAAUAUCAUAUUACAUGUACAUUGUUUCAUGUUUAAUGUAUAUAUUGACAUCAUUGUACUUUUUAUCAUAAUAUUGUACAUCUCAUUCAGAUCAUUUGAUCAAACAUUGUUAGAAUGCCUGAUUUGUCUUAGGUUUCCAGUUAUAAAUUAUCCUCAAGAAAAAAUGAGUCAUUUGAAAAAAAAUGUAUUUUGUGGAUUAUGAAAAUGUAGAGGAGAUUCGAAUGUGAUAUUAAAGCAUUUGUGUGUUUGGAAAAAAAA